AUGGAUAAUGUCAUGGACCCAGAGCUCGCAGCUGAAAUGGUCAAGCUUCUGGGACAGGAACUUAAGGUUGUCCGCAGCCAACUCCGUGAAGCUGAGCAGAGAACCGGGACUCCUACAAGCGAUGUCAAUUCAACUGGUCCCCAAUUUCAGCGCGAGGAAGCCCUGCGGGCAGAGAUAGUUACACUAAAGGUUGAGAAUGCUAGCCUUCGAGAGGAAAUUUCACGUUUCCAGGAUCCAACAACGAACGUUCCGCUCAAGAUGGAGGGCGAUCACUCUAAUCUUGUAGCGCAAUACUCUGCGUCGAUGGAUACAAUUCAAAAAGAACUAGCUGACGCGAUUAAGGAGAAAAACAUGGCAACAUUGGACAAGGAGAAGGCAGAUGAACAACUUGCAGAGUUGACUAGCGUUCGUGAAAAAUAUCGGAAGCUUAAAGCGAGUAAACGAGAGUGCCAAGAGGUCAUCGACGAACUUCGUGGCCAACUUGAACUCUGUAUAGAAGAACGAGAGCAACGGGCAUCAGAAGGGAAAGUACUCAAAUCCGACCCACCUUCAUUCUUUCGGAACACAGAGUAUCCGAACGUCGGUGACCAACCGAAUCCCAAUGAAAUCCCUGUAUAUUCUCCCGUCUUCUCUAUGGGCAUUCCUAGGACAGCUCGAACUCAUUGUCGCUGUGAUGGCACCCUCCGUCUUGAGAGGGAUGUUGUGAUGUUCGCCCGCGCAGGAAUCGCCUUAGGUCUUAUCGUAAGACCAACGCAUCAAUACAAUCCCCAAAAGAACGGCGGUGCAUGGUUCCGGCUCCGUCCGGAUGUUGAGCUUGGUCAAAAGAAAGACUUAUGUUAUCACGACGGCCACGGCUGGAAGUAUCUUGGUACCUAUGAACGAACAGGCGAAUCGUUCCUCCUUUCAGCGGAGCACACCAAGAAGCUGAGCUCUCCAAGGAUUGAAGCGAUGGCUAAGGACACCGUUUUAUUCAAAGACCUUAUUCCGCCUUCGCAGAUGCGAAUGGUGGAGAGGAUGUACUGGGACGGAGUUCUUCAAAUCGAAAUGUUUGGUAUCCGACGUGUUGCCUACGAUCAAGAAUUCGCCAAACAACUAUUUGAAAGGCGCAAGGAUCUUCCCAAAAACGCGAAGGACGCUACUUUUACAAAUAACAAGCGGAAAAGAGACUUUGAGACUGAUGAAAGGCAUGAUCCCAGUCGAAAAAAGCCUUCAACAUCCGGCAUAAACAUAAAGGAGGAGAGCUCAGCGUCAUGA